AAUCAAGUAUAAAAUACCAAUAUGAAAUAAUCAUAAUCAGAAUUGAGCUAAUUCCUGUGAAGUCAUUUAGUUUUUCAUUUUCUGCUUCUAUUUUCAAGGCAUCUAGAGUAGAACUAUCUGAGAUCCUAAGGCCUUCUAUUAUGGUGCUACCCAUUCAUUCCUGUCUCCUUGAGGACUUCUCAGGUGACUUAAGAAAACCUGAUUUCUUUUCAGAUUGUCCCCAGCUAGUGUGAUCUCUCUAUCGAUGGCCCUUGCCAAAAGCUGCAAAGGCAAUGUGUUGUUUUACAACACAAAAUUCCAGACAUUAAUUUACCAAUAAAGUCUCAGGAGUCAGAUGCUGUAUUUAAGUGAAGCUCCCAACUGUCCUUCCUAAUUCACUGUUCCCCCAGAAGAAGAGCACUGUAGCUCUCUCUGCACACUUUCUUAAAAAUCCUACAACUGAAAGACUUUCCAUUGCCCUACUUAUCUUCAUUUCCUAUCAAGUUGUGCCUUGACCUGCUCUAGACCUAAGUGCCCUUUAGCUUUGCAGUAAAGGUGUGAGGUAGGUGAGCUGGACAGUAAUAAAGUCCAUGUUCACAGUAAACAAAGAGCUCUUGCAUUAAAUGUCUGUGCCCUGGCGAUGCUAUAUCACACAAUAGUUUUUCAUUAAAUAAUACAUUCAUGGAGAUCAUAGUGUGAUCGAAUAUUUUGUAACAUAACUUAGUAAUGUUCUCUCUAUUACAUAAGUCAAGUACUAUCCUGUGUAUUCUGGCCUUUUUCUGUCAUGUCUGUGUGCAUCACCAUGGGAAUCCCAAGGAACAUCAAUCCUGGGCUUUUGAAACUGUUGUAUAGGGCCAACCGGGGACCAAAACCACCCAGGAGACUACUGAUACUUGACACACAUAAAGUCACCUCCCUAUUUUCAUAUACUUUAUGGCAAGAGGUCACCACUGCUGACCAUGUCUCAUUAUCGAACGUGCUUCUAAAUGGAAGAGUUGGGGUAAAGGAGGUCACCCCACAAAACACAAAACACCCAUCUCAGAUAAACAUGUAUGGUUUAUUGAAUCCAAACAUACAUGAAUUUCAGGACACAAUUAAAAGUCCUAACCUAAGGAUAAGAGAUAUAGAAGAGAAUUGAGAUUUCCAGUUCAUAGGUCCAGUAAACAUCUUCAACAAAUCAUAGCAGAAAACUUCCAUAAGGUAAAGAAAUAAAAGGCCAUAAAGGUACAACAAGCCUAGAGAACGCAAAAUUAAUUUAACCAGAAAAAUUUCCUCCAUUCACAUAAUAAUUAAAACACUAAAUGCACAGAUAAAAGAAAGAAUAUUAAAUGGGUAAAGUAUAAAUAUCCAGCAACAAAUGAAUUCAGACCUAUCUGAAUUACACCAGACUUCUCAACAGAGACUCCAAAAGCCAGAAAAAAUUGGGCAGAUGUAAUGCAGACCAAGGCUACUAUAACCAGCAUAAUUCGCAAUCACCAUAAAUGGAGAAACCAAGAUAUUUCACAACAAAACCAAAUUUAAACAAUAUUUUUCUUUUAGAGAGCACAACAGAGGAUAAUAGGAGGAAAACUUCAAGACAAUGAGCUAAACUGUACCCAAGAAAAACCAAGAAACUAAUCAUCUCUCAAUAAUUUCAAAAAAGAGAAGCACACAAACAUAAUUUCACCAAUAACUAGAAAAAGAAGAGAAAGCAGCAAUCAUUGGUCUUUAAUAUCUAACCAGACCUUCUGUCACCAAUCCCCCAGCUCCUAGGGAACAAACUGCCAGCCAAAGGAUAUACAAGGAUGGGUCUAUGGUUCUAGGUCACUGUGUAGAAGAGGAGUGACUUAACUGGCAUCCAUGUGGUGGGAGGCCAUUGACUAUACUGAGGCCUGUUGCCCCACCAAAAGGAGGUCCUAGAGGUGUGAGGUGGGAAUGGAUAUGUGUGGGUGGGGGAUACUGUCAUAUAGGCAAACCUGAGCAGAAAUGGGAUGUAAGAUUUGAUGAGGGGAGUCUGGAAACUGGGACAACAUUGGAAAUAUAAAUAAAUAAAAUAACCAAUUAAUAAUAUAUAGCCACAAAUAAAAUAAAAAGCAAAAAGGUAAAAGAAUAAUUACACCAAAAUAAAACAAAAGAAAUCCCUGUAGUGGAUUGGCCUAAUUCUUCUUGUGUUUAAUGCUAAUUUGUGGAACUCAAGACUGGCAAACCCCCAAAAGCUGACCCUGCUCCCAGUUAACUGUGAUUAUAAAGAAGCCAACAGCCAACAGCUGCACAGCAGAGAGAUGGGGGAGGUGAGCUUUGAGGGCUUUGCUAGAGAGGAUCAUGAGGGAAGAAGGAGGAAGAAGCUGCCAGAGAAUAAAGGAAGAACGUGUGUGAUGGAGAGGAGAGAGGAAGAGGACAGCAGCCAUGGUUAAGGGAGAGGAGCGCCUGGUCCUGAGGGCUGUCCAAGGGGAACAAAGAGCAGCCAAGAUGCUACACAGUCAGUAAGAGUUGAGCGUUAUUGUUUGGAAAGUAGAUCUGAUACCAUGGAGGGCAGGCAGCUGCCCAGCUACUGUGCUGACUAAUGCACACUAAAAAUAAAUUUAACACAAUAUGUAUAACCGGUAAGACAGCUCUGUAGAGGAUCCUAAAAGGAAUACUUUAGUUUGAAGGGAAGGAUAAAAUACUAGAGAAAACAGGAAAUAAUUUAAUAAAACUACGACAGUCAAUCAAAAGAAGCCAAUAAAAACCACAAAAAUUAACAAAAUGACAAAAUUUAAUACAUAGGUUUAAAUAAUAUUUGCAUGUCACUAAACUCAAUUCCCCAGUGAACAGACAUACAUUUAGCCAGAAACAGGAUCACCAUCAUGAGAGAUGUAGAGGAUAGAGUAGGGAAACAGACCUAAGACACAGGUCCCUAUAGCAAUUCUGUGCAGUUUCUCUGUCAAUAAAAAUCAGCAAGUUCUAGAGUUAAAUGUCUGUGUUAGUGCUGACCUACACUGCCAGACAUAUAUUUUCUUUUAAGUAAAUAACAAAUCUUGGGGCUUACAAUGUAAUCAAAUAUCCUGAAACAUGAGUUUGCAGUGUUCCCUACAUUUUUUAAAUCAAGUACUUUGACUACCAUUUUGGUUCUUUCUAAUCCUGUCUGAGUGCAUCAUCAAGGGAAUCCCAAGGGAUAUCAGAAAUGGGUUCUUGAAGCUGUUGCACAGGGCCAGUAUAGACCUAAGUACCACAGAGGAAACCUUGAUUCUUGUCACAAGGGAUCAUUCACCAUCCCUCUUGUCACAUAACUUAUGGCAAGAUGUUACCUCUCCUGACCUUAGCUUCUUCUCUUAAUGCUGCUGAAGGGAAGAUUUGGUGUCAAGGGGUCUGGAUUCAAACCACACCAACACUGAAUUCAUUUAAAUAGGUGUAGUUCAUUGAAUGCACACACCAAUACAGUUCAACCAGAGCAAUAGCUCACAACUGUGUACUGGACAUUUCUAUGGCCCAGCUCAUUGCAAGAUCCACAUGGGCUCACGCACAAGGGCUGUAAAUGUUGAUGUCUAUGGGCCCUGACUCAGGGCAUUUUACAAAUAAUUGUUCCUAUUUUCCUUGAAUCUGAUGGGUCCUAUGGGAAGCUUAUAGUUGGGGAACUUGUUAAGAUUAACAAACCUCAUAAUAUACAGAACAUAACAGGGUAUGUGACCAGCACCACACAGUUCAGUGUCAGAUUAUUUUGUUUUGUGUUAGCUUGUUUUCAGCAUCCAUGAUGUGGAGGCGUAUUACAGCACAAUAGGAAAGAGCUGGCUGCUGUGUAACAAAUUUGCUGCUGUUAAGGUAGGUGUGGGGGCAAGACCUCAGCAGGGAAGGAGAUGAUGUGUUUGAUAACUGAAAGGAGCUGCCUCAGCUGUGUUUCUCUGCCUGCUCAGUGCCCAUUCAACAUCACUUGGUCCCUGAAGAGGAACUCAAGGUCUGCCCCCCUGCUGCCUGUGAGCCAGGAGUAGGCACAGAAAGGCAUGGCCACAGCGCUGGUUUCCAAUUCCUCAGUAAUGCUGGAUUUCCACUAACGUACGUGGAUACACAAAUACAGUGUGGUAAGUUACAAUACAUACUAAUCAUUUCUUACAUAGGGCAGCAGUUGAUUGACUACAACUAAUUCUAUUUAAAAGAGAAAGAAACCUGGCUCUUGUGGAAAUAUACAAAGAAAUAUCUACGAUGCUGGGGAAUGAAUUCUGCCAUGGACUGAACUCAGAAUGGGGGGGGGGGGGUUGGAAGAAAGAUGCAUGGUUAAAUAGCCCACCAGGUUCACAUUGUGUCAGCUUGAUUUAAUCUAAGGACAAAAAGUGGAGUAUCUCUGAUGGCUUUCUUUUUAACCCUUGAAAGGUUCCCUGGGGACUGGCCUCAGUACUUCAUACUUCUUGCUGGGGCAACAAUGCUCAAGGAAGCUUGAGAUUGUCAUAGGCACAGUAUUAUGCUAGAUAUACAGAGUAGAUAAUACUAAGAUGUUCAGAUGGUGGUAUCCAUUUGUAUGCACUCUUAAUGUGGACCUAAGGAAAGAGAGAUCAAGGUCCUUACAAUAGAAAGAUCAGUUCCAUUUUUUUCUACCAUUCCAAACUGAACGACUGGUAGGGAGAGAAUGGUAGAUAAUUGAGAAUUCAUAGAUGAUGCUUUGAAUGAAGAGUGGGUUUCUGCGCUGGUUUUAGACAGGGUCUCAAGUAUCGCAUGUUGCCCUCUACCUGGUUGGCCAGGUUCUCUUUGAGCUCAGAUAAACUUCCUUCCACUUUCCAAUACAUAGGCUUACAAGAGUAGCCUCCAAGGACUGUGAGGACAGCAUUAGCCUGUGACAGUUGAGGUGUGCAACCCACAACUAUAGUUUUAGCCACAAUUUUCCAUGUCUACCAGCUAUUUCAGAUUGUUGCUGUUAUAUGCCUGACAAUCAAGGACGCAGAAAAAUAACCUGAUAGAGAACAAGGGCAUGGUGAUCACAUCCUUGCCUCUUCUGUAUGUUCGGGAUGAGGUUUGUUAAAAUUCCAAUAUUGCAAAAAGCUUUAUAUAGGGCCCAUCACAUUAAGGGUCUCUGUUCACUGUUCUAUCUAAAAUGGCCCAAUCAGAACUGACCACCAGAUAACACUUCCUGCAAUCUUCAUAUGAGAGAGAAGCUUGAGCUUUUUGUUUUGAUUUUUUCUUUUCUCUUUCUUUCUUAUUUUUUGCUAUAUAAGUUGAGAGAAAGAGAGUUGGGGCCAUGAAUUUGCUCCCAAAAUUUGAACUACGGAUGUGAUCAAUCAGUGUUUAGUGUGUGCAUUCUAUAAAGUAUUCAUUCUUUACUAUGAUAGAUGCUUCUGUGUUUGGUGGGGUGGCCAUUUCCCAGUGUACAGGUGCUGGGACCUUGCUCUAUCCACUUAAUGAUGUUUAUAGCCUCAUUUUAGUUGUUUAUGUGCACCCCCUAUGUCUCUUGACUAUUUUAUUUUUCUGAUAGAAGCUCAUGGUACAUCUUACUCAGGCCUGUGAGCAGUGCUCCUUUGGUGACCUUGGUGCAGAGAGGAGAACCCCACAAGCAGCAUGAGGUUCCGUUCACUGGUGGCUCCAAUCUUGCACUUUCCUCUGCCAACUGGUCUCCACACUUUUCCUAGCACCAUAAAGACUUCAACUCUUUCUCCUAGGAAUUUAUUGGCAAUUGUCAAUUGCUAAGCACAUGACUUCAUGAGUGUUCCCCUAAUACACACCCAUGUUAUAACCUACCAUGGAGACUAUUUCUUGAUGUGAUAUAAAGCACCUGUACAUAAUGAGACAGGAGAACUUUUGACUGCAUAUUCAAACUGGUGUGAAAUCUCAGGAAGUUUUAAUGGCUAACAUUGGUGAAUGAGGACAAUUUGAGUUAGGAUGAGACAUUUUGGGGCAAGAUAUGGAAGGAAACAUUCAUUUAGAUGCAUAGGAAUUACUAAGGUUGUUUUAUAAUCAAGCCUUGAGGAAAAUUUGGCAUUAGAAGGAGGAGAUUCCCAGUGGCUCUGCCCUGGGAAAGCCUCCUGGAAAGGGCCCCUCAGCUUAUGCUCAGUACAGGGAGAUUAUUAUCAGGAAACAAAAUCUGCUCCCCAUGACAUCAGCUGUCUUUUCUUGGACAUUCUAUUAUCUCCUAGAGAGUUCUUGGCAUCCUCUGUGAUGUCACCAGUGUUGUAGUGACGGCCAGUGCCCUAGUUUCUCUCAUACUGAGUCUGGCGGUUACAACCUAAGACAUGUUUUCCCAUCUUAGGAAGCGUUUUGGGAGGGGGAUCGUCGAUUCUGGAGAGACUAGAGUGAAGGAGUCUGGCCUUUCGUCUCAAAGUAAUGGUGGACAAAGACAGGACUUCUGGGGAAUGUCAAACGCUGGGAGAGAAACAUCAUCCCCUGGCACUGACCUAAGGGAGAAGCAGGCCAAGAAGGAAAAGGAGAGGCUGAUUGAAGAGCUGCAGCUCAUUACCGAAAAGAGAAAUGACCUGAGAGAUCGCCUGAGGUUCCUGACAGAGAGAUCCAUGAAGAACAGGCCCUACUUCAGGCCAAAUCCAUAUUAUGAAGACCUGGAGAGAAUGGAGGAGGCGGUCAUGUCAAUUCUGCACAACUUAGAGAUGGAGAACACUGAGAUCCAUGAGAACAACCAGAAGCUGAAGAAGGAGAUUACCUUCUCUAGAAACCUGCUCAGCCAGCUCCUGAUGGAGAACACAUGCAGGAAGAAGUUGGUCCCACUGAAGCAGGGAGCAAGGAGGGACAUCUUGAGUGUGCACUGAACCAGAAAUAUUUGGUUGACUUCAACAAGAAAGAUAAAGACCAGCAACGUCCAGACCCAGCAUCAUCAGAUAGGGACGAGCAGCUGUGUUAGCUUAACAAUAUCUGAUAAAAUUUGCCAAUUUGAUACAUCUUUGCUCUCUCCUACCACCUUUCUAAUUUACACUCACAACCAGCCAACCACCUCAUGUAAUGGAAUUGUUCAUUGCUCUGCCUAUGCACAAGUAUUCUGGGAAGUUAAACACUUUUCAGAAACUGAAUUAUUUUGCAAGUAUAUAUUGCUGAUCUUUUUGAAGCUGCAGUCUAGAAAUGGUGACAGAUGAAUAACAUACCUCAUUAUUGCAUAUCCAUGUGAUAGAUUAGAUCCUAUGUAGAGUUUUGAACAAGAUCUUGGUUCUUUGACAAAUGACACUCUGUGGUCAUGUGACUUCUUGUGUAGGAAGCACCUUUCCGGGAUAAGAACAAGUGCAAAUGUCAAAUUAGUACUUGUCAUUGGCUUUAUCCUUUUUGACAUAUGGACAUCUCCUUUCUUCCUGCAACCUGAUGAGGUCUCUUGCCGUUGCCCUGUUCUUGGUUUGCACUGGUAUAAGUCUGGGUCCCAGAUUGGCAGCCCACAUUACUGUGAGUCUUGCUGGAGAUUUUGCCCUGCCCACAGAGUUAGCAACAAUGAUAUCACUUAAAAUGUCCAUGUCGAUUGUCCAAUAGAACUGAGGUGUUAGAAGGCAGCAUUCUGACAGCUGGCUUGCAUUUCCCCAGCAAAUCAGUAUCUGAAAAACUUCCUUCCUCUCCUAGGUCUCAGAAAGUGCAAGACAGCUGGAAUUGGACACACACCAGUAAGAGAGCUUCCUGAACAAUAAGUUGCUUUCUCAGGAGUUCCUGAUGACCAACACCCUGAAUG